GCGCGUGUUGACGUCGCGUCGUGCGUGAUGACGUCGCAGGGCGCGUGCGACGUCACCGCGCUGCCGGGGGUAAAAAGAUGAGUCGGGGUUCAGGGGUCACCGCGGUUCUCGUUCAAAAUCGGUGCCUGGGCGGGAAAAAAAAAUAGGCGAGAUUUGAGAGGCUCGUGUCUGCCCCGAGUUUUGUGAGAGAGAAUAUUUUCGUUGAAGUCGUUCUAUUUCCUUUUACCCCCUCCUCCCACCCACCACCCUCACUUUUCAAUCCUUCAAGGUGCGGACGGUCGUACAAACAAGACGCCAUGGAGUUUGCGGCAAUCUUUGGAAGAACGUAAUCAACCAGGAGCAGAACCGAUGACACUGGGCUCCCCCACGUCUCCCAAGACCGUGGUGGGAACACAGUUCCUUCCAGGCUUCCUCCUGGGGGACCUCCCGUCCCCGGCCACUGGGCAGCCGCGCUCACACCACACCCCCACCACCGGCCUGGAGUUGCGUUCCUCUCCCUUCACAGGUCGCUCCACCCCACAAGCAGCUCUGCCUGUGACUAAGGACAAGAGUGGUGCCCCUCCUGUGCGCAGCCUGUAUGAUGACGUGCAGCCCUCGCCCCUGCAGGCUCGCAACAGGAUGAACACUUCGUUGCAUCACACGCCGCUUUCUGGGAGUGUGGUCAGGACUCCGGGCUCCAACAAGACAGCUCUCGGUUCAAGCAGCCUCUUCAGUCCUGGAACAUUGCCCUUGUCACAGCCACGCGCAACACCUCCUUCGCCAGCCCAGCUGGAUCCGUUCUACACACAGGGCGAGAGUCUGGUCUCCAGCGACACACUGGACCACACCUGGGUUACUGUCUUUGGGUUCCCACCUGCAUCUGCCUCUUACAUUCUCAUGCAGUUUGCUCAGUAUGGGAACAUCCUCAAGCAUGUGAUGUCGAGCAGCGGGAACUGGAUGCACAUUCAGUACCAGUCGGCCCUGCAGGCGCGGAAGGCACUAAGCAAAGACGGAAAGGUCUUUGGGGAAUGCAUCAUGGUGGGAGUGAAGCCGUGCAUAGAGAAGAACGUGAUGGAGAAUGGAGAGGCACACGGCUACCCGCCUCUCUCGGGCUUCACCACCCCCGUGCAACCCCACGCAGCCACCCCCGCCGUCCCCAUCGCGUCUACAACACCGCGGCCCUCCACCAUGCGUCCCAUGACCGGGCGAAUCACCACGAACGACCUGCAGGUGGUGAACGACAAGCAGGUGCUCAGCAAGGAUGAUGGCAUUCUCUCCAAGGCACUGGAGUAUGUCUUUGGCUGGUGACCCUUGACCUUUCAGUAGCCAAAACUGCAGCCGUGGUUCGCAUUCAUUUUAAAAACAUGAACAGACGUGUCGCGCACGCACACAAACGUACAACUACAUACAUACACAGACAUCGAUGUUGAUACUGGUCCGUUUGAGGAGGGAAUCCUACCUUCUCAUACCUAUCGUGAGCUGGAUUAAUUGAGUUACUUCCCAAAUACUUGGACCCAUGUUGUAACAUAGCCUGUUUUUUUACUAUUACACUGUACUCACAAUAUAAACUUUGCAAAACUAAUAACUUUUACUGGAGCUCAUAGCUGCUGGAGGGUUAUGGGGGGGGGAGGGGUUCAGAAAUUUUGUGAAAGGCUUGAUAAGAUUGUCCCAAAAUGACGUCCGGUCGAGCAUCUUGUUUCCUGCUUAUCAUUGCAAUUUAUAUUUUUCUGUCCCUAUUUACAAUAAUGGACAAGAGGUCGCACACAACCCUGAGUUUAUCGUUGAGCAGAUAACAACUGCUGCCUCUGCAAAGUUGGAUGGACAUGCGUGCCGGUGGGUGUAUUAAUCGGUGUUCUCGUCCAGACAAAGCGGACACUGGGAAGGAAGUGAAAACCUUACUGUCUGCUCACCCACUGGGGCAUAUGGGUGAGGGGUUGCAGCUGCAUUUAUUUGGUUGUCAAGAACCAAAAUGUAGGUUAAUUUUCAUAGUUGUUGGCCACUAUCAUUGCCAUUGUAAGUGAAAUCCACACACAUGUUGUUUUGCAUGAGAAAGAGACAAUGAUGAUUGAGGCAGGCCAGGUGCAAUUAUGGGAUGCUCCAAGAUCACUUGGCUGCAAUAGGCAUAAUUGGCUGCGUACAUAAUGUUUUUUUAUAUGGUUAUGUUAUUGACAAGCCUGUUUUGUGACAUGGAUUUGAAUGACAAGUGGAAUUCUCAGAAAUCGAAUUUAAACCACACGAAGUAUACGUUGGUUCGAGAGCAUCCCGUACAUGUGUAAUUGUAAAAUUGUAUUUUUGCAACACAGAAAAAAUAUAACACCUCUCCAUUAGUCAAGUUUAUUGUCUUCUAUCCCUAUAAGUUUGCUCUAGGCCAGUGUAACUUAGGCCACUGAAUUGUCCACUCAUCUUGAGCUUUGUCUCCCAAUUUCUCAGUAUUUGUUUAAACUUCAGAAAAGUGUCUUCAGUGUGCCUUCUCUAAACCAUUUCUCAAAGACCUAUUCCGAAAUCCGUCUGUUAAAACUGAAAGCACUGCUGGACACUCGCUUUAGCAGUGUUUAUACAGCUUAGGAAUCCUGUUUAUAGAGGCAGCAGUUAUUGUUUUUGUGACCGCCAGAAUUCAAAUAUUUGAAACUACUGCUGAUUUCCCGAGGCUUGCGCCGCUGAAACAAAACUUUGAGCUUUAUCUCGGUCCCAUUGUCUUUGGAGAACACUACAGCCUUUGUUAUGCCAUACAGCUUGUGGCAGCACUCGUGCUAUCUGCUUAGGUUAACUACCCGAAAGCAACACAUCCCCUAAGCUGCAUUAAAGUAAUGGGAGUUUUUAAAAUUAUCUUGUAAUAUUGUGAAAGAAGCCGAUGGAUAGUAACAAACUACGCUCCCACUUACGUACCGCCUUAUCUCCGCUUAUGUGCAGCGGCAAAUGUUACCGUGUUGCGUUGGAUACGAGGGAGUGUUUUUCCAUGCUGGAGGAUGUGGGUCUGAUGCGGUACAAAAGAGCUGUCGGCUGAAUGUUUCUAUACUUAAUUCGGGGAAAUCUUUUCUAUGUUUAUGCCUUUGUGAGUGCUAACAAACGGUUGUUUAAAUCGACAUCUUCAGCUCAACAGUAUACAUGUUUGUGUAAAUACAAUUAUGUUAUUAAGCUUAAACAUGCCCAACAACCACACUCACAGCUGGCAUUCUGGAGGCAGCUGUGGAUGGGGACGACCAGCGCAUGCUUUCUAGAGCAUUUAUUUUCCCACACGAACGCCAUUACCUCCGUUGAGAAUGAACCAUGUGAAUAUAACUUUAGGUUUAUAAUCAAAAUGGCCUGUUUUAAAAUGCAUACUUAGUAAAAUAUGUGGGGGGGGGGAGUUUGAAUCUUGGAAAAACAUGAAUUAAAAACAUGCAUGAGUGAAUUUGUUAAUUCAAUUUAACAGUGAGAUUGGAUUGGUAAUAUGGUAUGGGUAGGUAGACAUUGCUCUGUAUAUGGACAUCAUGUGAGAUGGUUCUCGUGCUACUUUUCUGGACAAACCAGAUCAAUAUUGCCACACAUCCUCCCCAUGCAAUACAGAUGUGUGGUUUCUAAGUGAACAUUCACGAUCCCAUUCUUUUUACAAAGGCUAUUUUAUCAAUUCGAAGCAUAAUUAAUCGUGUAUCUAUAAAGUGACACGUGCUAAAGCGGCGUCGAUUCAUCUGCCCAGUGACUUGAGCAGCAUCCAACGUUGACGGGGAUUUACAGGAAUAGGUUUACAUUUCACUGUGAUGCUGCAAGCCACCUGUGUUUCUGUUGUAAUCGCCCAAGUGUUUACGUCAAUAUCGGAACACUGUCUAGACUUGGCAUAGAGGGUCCGAGAGAAACUUGAUUGUAAUGCCUUCAUCUUUACCGUCCCCACUGUACAUGUGGUCAGAUUCUGCUGGAGGGCGCGGGAGUUUUUAAUUGCACAAUGUAUAUUUAUGUUACGUCAACAUUAAAGAUUGAUUGACUUCA